AUGGAAUGCACUGGUGACCAUAUUUUGGACUUCGACGCAGACAACAUUGUCGAUCCGAGCGUUUUUGCCGAAUUACCUAAAGGAUGUCUUGUUGUAUCUACCGAGAGUCAUGGCAUCAGUUUCUGGGGUCACACUGGCCGCAUAAAUGUUGAAUUAGCUGACGGAACGCCGCUCUCAUUCUUUAUCAAAGUUGUGCCUAGAGAACAAGGCAAGAACAUGGUUCAUGGGGAGUUCGAGUCAAUGAAGGCUAUAUAUACUCUGUUGCCAGACUUCGCGCCAAAGCCGAUAGCGUGGGGAACUUACUACAACAUUCCAGACAUGCACUUUUUACUAUGCGAGUAUCGAGAGAUGACUGAUGAGAUGCCAGAUCCUCAUAAAUUCGCUGCUCGCCUUGCGGCGCUCCAUCAGAACAGUUCAUCACCCACUGGCAAAUUUGGCUUUCACAUGACCACGUAUAGCGGUAACUUACCCCAGAUGAACGAUUGGGAAGAAAGUUGGGAAGUUUUCUUCGCAAAAAGUAUGAGGAUGGCCCUUGACCUUGAGGUCAAGGCCAAGGGCCCUCACUCAGAAUUAGAUUGCCUAGUGCCGAUCCUUUUUGAUAAGGUUAUACCUCGUCUACUGCGUCCCCUUGAAACCGAGGGCCGGUUGGUGAAGCCCUCACUUGUUCACGGAGACCUUUGGUAUGCAAAUUCGGGCCUCGACGUAGAAACAGGCGAGUCUCUUGUGUUUGACGCCUGUUGCUUCUACGCCCAUAAUGAAUAUGAAUUUGGCCAGUGGCGGCCUAUCUGCAACCGAUUUGGUGACGAAUAUUUGGCUGCGUACCAAUCCUAUAUCCAGAUAUCACCACCCGAGGAAGAUUAUGAUGGCCGUCUGGAUCUUUACAAACUGAGAUUCAACACCCAUGUCUCUGCCCUCUUCACAGAGAAUCAUACACUUAGGGAGCACUAA